UCUAGGGUAUAACUAUAUGGAAGAUGUUUUUGUAAAGGCACAUUUAUCACCAAGUAAAAUUUUGGAAGUUAACUGUCAAAAAUUAUCAAAAGAAAGAAAACGCCAGUUGAAAUUUGAAGGAGACCCUGAAAUAAAAAAGAGGAAACUAUUGGUGAAAAAAGAGAAAAGAUCUAAUACGGAAUCGUUGGAGAAAAAAGAAGGAGUAACUUAUUCAUCUAAUAUGUCAUUCGCCUCUGUCACUUGUGAUGCAAGUAUACCUGUGAUUAAAUAUAGACCAGAUUUAUCAGAAGUUGCUAGUUGUGAAAAUAUCGUUGUCUUCGACUUGGAGACAUCUUCCUUAGGCUUAGAUUGUGAUAUUUUACAAAUUGCAGCAUCCCAUUUACAUAAAACGUCGGAUUACAGUACUUACAUUCAGCCAAGUAAAUCAAUUUCAACACAGGCCUCAGCUGUUACUGGUUUAACUAGCAAAGGAGGCGUGCUUUUUUAUAAAGGAGACCCUGUUCAAGUACUGUCACAAGAAGCUGCAUUUCAAAACUUUACCUCUUGGUUAGAACAGCAUAAACCAUGUGUCUUAGCAGCUCAUAAUUGUAAAACUUUUGAUGCUCGCCGAUUACUGUACAGUCUGUCAAAAUUUACCUGCUUCGGAGAAUUUAGACAAAAUGUUAGUGGUUUUGUGGAUACUUUGCCAUUGUUUAAAACAUUCUACCCAGAUUUGCCUAAUCAUAAGCAAAAUACAAUUUUUAAAGAAGUUUGCAAAAGUGAUUACAUUGCGCAUAAUGCAAUUGAGGAUGUUGAGGCUCUUAGAGUUUUGUUAGGCAAUAUUUCUAUUAACUACAAGAAAUUUUCAUUUACCAUUGAGAGUAUGAAUUCACAAAUGAAGUUUGACAAUGUUAGUAAAGUAGAUCAAGAGACUUUUACAACCUUAAUUACUCAAAAAAUCAUAUCACAGAGAAUAGCUGAUGUUAUGGCCAAAUCAGGCUUAAAAUUAAACCACUUAUAUUAUGCAUUUGAAAAGGAAGGAGAAGACGGAAUUCGAGAACUACUAUUAGAAAAGAGACGAGAUGGAUCGCCCAGAGUAACAAAGAACAAAUCGAUAAUAACGAAGUUAAUUGAUUAUUUCAAAAGACAAUAAAACAUACAUAU